AUGUUGUCCCUGCUGGAGGGCGUCCUGGCCGAGCACUGGCGGUGGUCCUUCAUCACCCAGCGCUCCGACGCCUCCGACACCUACCUCGGCCGGACAAUCAAGGAAACCCUGAACUUCGACCGAGCCCUGCGUCUGGUGCAUGAGUUUGCCCCCGGCGCGCGGCUUUCCCUGCAGGCGCUCCUUGAUGAUGCGGCCUGCCGCAGCCACUGGCUUGAGUCCGAGUUGACCGUGGCCCUCGGCAAAGUGACGCAAUUGCUGGAGGACGACCCCCAGGCCUGGGCAUCCGCCGCCCCGGAGGGUCCCUUCCACAAGCCGGCCGCCGGGGACCUGGCCACGGUGGAGAACCUGGCCCUGGCGGGGCAUCCAUCUAGCCUGGCCGGGCGCGCGGGCGGCCCGCCCAUUGUCCGGGCCGCCGAGCGCUUUCUCCUGCUGCUGGACGUCCUCCGGUCGCGGUAUGAGGAAGUGCCGCAGGAGCACGUGCGGCGGGAUUACUUCCACCGCGUGCAGCUCCAGGCGUGUGUCCGCUUCAUCGAGGCCCUCGACGCCGAGCAGACUCGCCUGGCCGGGCGGCUCUUUGGCCAGCUGCCGCGCGGCGCGGUCGAGCGCCCGCCCCCCGUGGAUCUGCUCGCUGGGCUUGUGUUGCUGGCCAACACGGCUGGCCACCUGGCGGCCAUGCUCAGCCAGCUGCGCCUCGAUAAUUUCUACCGCCGGCUCCUUGUCGCCGAUCCCGGCGGGACGGCCCCCCCGUGUGGGCUCCUGCUGUCCUCGCUGCAGGACCGCCUGCAGCACAUCCACUUGGGCACACUGGCCACCCUCGCCGGGGCCGUGGCCACCCUGCUGGUGGCCUCGCUAUCGGAGUAUACCCAAGCCGCCAGCGCCGACACCCUUCCCAUGGACCUGGACGAGGUUCGCCCGGCCCCGCAGCUGGGUCCUGUGCAGCGGAUGUGCGCGGCCCUCGGCGCGGCGCCCCUGUUCCUGAUCCUCUCGCCGGCCGAUCGCGAGGCCAUCUUCCGGGCCCUGUGCGAGGCGUUGGACUUGCACCUGCUGGUGCGGUUGCUCGCGCGGUCGACAUGUCCUUCCUCUUCCGGGCGCUAG